UGCUGUCAACACCCAGCAGGGGUGCCACACCACAGAAUGGAAGUCCAGCAGCUGAAUAAACAUCAUCCUCGUUCAGAAGAAAUGCUCAGUAUGACAGUAGUGACGACAAACACGAGUGCUUACUUUCUGGACAUUAUUCAUAUGGACACGGACGUUCUCACUUAUUUCCCCAUCCGAAGAAUCUUAGUCUUAUCCGUCUUGACGUUCUUUCUACUGGCCACGGUGAGCUUGCUGCGACGCGGGAACCAGGCUGUGGUGGGAGCGGGCCGCGCCGUGUUGAUAACAGGCUGUGACAGUGGAUUCGGUAAUCACUUGGCCCGUCGGCUGGACGCUCAAGGAUUUGUAGUCUUUGCCUGUUGUUUAUUUCCAGAUGAAGUUGGAGCCCAGACACUGCUCAAAGAGAGCUCCAGCAACGUGAAGAUUCUCAAACUAGAUGUCACUAAAGACGAGGAUGUCAUGCAGGCAAGGACUGUGGUCCAGUCUAACCUUCCAGAGAAAGGGCUUUGGGCAGUUGUGAAUAAUGCUGGCAUUUCAGACUGGUCUGAGACUGAGUGGAACACCAUGAGUGAUUAUCACAAUAUGGCCGAGAUCAACUUAUUUGGAAGCAUUAGGGUCUCUAUUGCUUUCCUCCCGUUGGUUCGUGCAUCAAAAGGACGGAUGCUGUUCGUGUCAAGCGUCUUUGCGUUCUUCAACUGUCUGACCAUGGGGGCCUACAGUAUUUCCAAGAGAGGGUUAGAGGCAUUUGCCGACUGCCUACGGGUAGAGAUGGCCAGUUUUGGUGUAAAGGUUAGCAUCAUUCAGCCAGGUAACUUUGCAUGUGCCACCAACAUCCUGAAGAAGAAAACGGGACCAGACAUUUGGGAGAAACUGGGCCGGGAGCGUCAACCGAUGUUCAACAGAGAGUAUUUGGACCUGGCCUGUGACUACUACAUGUCCACAUGUUCAUCCGGCUACCAGGACAGUCAUUUGGUCACAGACGCCAUGAUAGACGCUAUCACAGUGGACAGACCGAAACGCAGGUACCUGCUGGUCUCCAAGUUAGAUAUGGUGUUCUUUUAUGCGUUACCCUACCUGCCAUCUUUCGUCACUGACGCGUUGUUCUACCUCAGUCCCAUGUACAACAAAAGGAAAGCAAUGCUUUAUUCCAAAUAGAGAACACGAUACAUUAAUGCGAUAGUGCGAAGUUCGUUUGGCAAGCCAUCGCUAGCUAGUGUUAGCUUAACAGCUGUACGUCUACCAAAACAGCUUGCAUGUUAGCUCCAUUAAACUGCAUGCAGAGAGAUAAAAAUGGGAGUUAAUUGUACUGUGGUUGAAGUAGGUAAAAUCUUGCACUACCCUUUUCUGCCAGGCCAACAGUAAGUACAUUGCUUAGCGUUUUACUGUACCAUGUGUCCCAUAUAAUUGAGUACUGUAAGUGUAGGUGACUAAUUUAGAGCAAGGAUGGGCAAGUGGUGGCCAUUUUGUGGUCCCUGGAUACAUUUCUAAUAAUGAAUUGCCGUUGGGAGCCAUUACAGCUCCUCAUGAUGAAUUUAGAAACAAGCCCAUCCAUGAUCUUGAAGAUUUAAUGGCAUUUUACCAGGCUCUGUACAGACAUACUGUAAAUGUUCUCUGUGAGAGUGGUCAAUCCUACAUUCUCCUGGAUAAUAGCCUCUGCUAAAUGACCAACACAGAGUAUUCAACAUUAUUAGCAGAUUUUGAUAUAAUUCCACAUCUUGUUAGUAUAAUAAAUCUUUGACCAUUUGACCAAAAGUAUUUACUCACUCAAACUUUGCUAUGCUUCUUUCAAACUCUUCAUCUAUGACUAAGAUUGACUGAAAGUCCAGACUGACUUGCUAAAAUAGCUAAUUUAUGUUUAAAACCUGUUUAUUUUGUUAUCGAAAUGUUUCCGAACAAUAGUAAUAGAACAAUAGUAACAAUGCAGUGACUUUUUUUUUUUUGUAAAACAUGUUUCCGAACAAUAGUAUUCACACUGCAAAUAUUUUGUGUUCAGCUGCGUACCUCUGAUCUAAAAAGGUUAGCUUAUUAUUUCCUCAUAGUAAAUCAGCGGUGACACAGGGUUUGCACCCUUUGGUGGAUGUAAUGAAUAUGCAUAUUGCCGAAAUGCAUAAAAACAUGGAAGUCAGAUUUUAUCUAAUGACAGUGUUUUAUGUAUACAAUAAAUCUCCCAACUCCGUUUGGUCUCACAAAUACUGACUGCGGUAAUAUUUUUGACCAGUAUUUUGCUAUGUCCUGUACUUGGAACAGUGAAACACAAUGUGCAAUAAAGAUGUCAAGAAUAACAUGUCAUUAUGAUUAUUAUUAUUAUUUUUGUAUUGAUUAUUAACUGCCCCUUCCUUGGUGCAUGAAUCAGCAGUUGGUGGGGAACAACCAGUCUCUUACUACAGUGUUUCUCCAUCUCUAUGCAAAUGUUUGUAAAUUUGGAGUUGUGUGAAAAAUGUCCCUUUGUGAAAAAUUUCCCUUCCUGCUCCGGGGCCUUCAAGUACCUUAACAUAUUAACUGUUGCAUUCAUACCUGGGUAUACAGACUACAGAACCAGGUACAGUGUCACAUGGGAAUGUAGAUAUAAUUGCAACAGACUCUUUUACACUUGCUCAAACCUCCUGCACUCAGGUCUUGUGGUGUUGACCUGAGUGCAGGAAUCUAAAACCUGUUGAACGGUAUGUAGGUCACAGUCAACUUAGCAGUUGAUGGUAUUCUAGGUCUUCUCACAGAUCCUCAAGAUAACAGUUUCAUUUCUUCAGAGAUUUUCUUUCAUCACACUAAACUACCGACAUCAUUAUGGCUAGUUUUCUAUUGCUUAUGAUACACGGUGAUCCUCCAUACUGCAUAAAUAUUGAAGAAUAAAAAAGCUGCUGCAUUGAACCGUGAAGGGUUCGUGUUGUCCACGUGUGUCCCCCUGAAAACAUUGUUUUCAGCUUUCACUAAUAGAAGAGUCUGUGUGGAAAUCUUUCACCACAACUCUUUAUUUCUAAGGGCAUGGUCUUGCUAUAUUAAAAAACAUGUCAUUUUUCAAUCGUCUUUCUCUGGUAAAAGAGUAUAGAAUGCCUUGCCUUAAAAAC